CAAAUGAUUACAUGGAAGUCAAUAUUGUUAAUACUAUAUGUUUUCAGAGUUCCACACACAUGCAUUUCCAUUGGCAUGGCAAUAAAUAAGCAGCCAGUAUUGGGUGUAGUGAAUGCCCCUAUCCUUGGAGAGAUGUACACGGCCGUAAAGGGUCAGGGCGCCUUCUGUAACGGCACAAAAAUAUCUGUGUCCACUAUCAGUGAGCUGAAUCGCAGUGUGGUCAUACUUGAAGGGGGAACAUCUAGAGUGCCCGAGAUUCUGAAAACUAAAGUUGGCAACAUCAAGGCUGUUAUAGAAAACUGCCAUGGGAUCCGGUGUUAUGGGUCGGCAGCCAUCAACAUGUGUUACGUGGCCAGGGGUUCGCACGAGGCUUACAUGGAGCACGGGAUACACGUUUGGGACAUCGCGGCUGGUGUGGUGAUCUUGGAGGAGGCUGGUGGUGUAGUCCUUGAUCCUUCAGGGGGAGAACUGGACCUGAUGAACCGACGUGUGUUGGCUGGAUGUAGCAGAACAGUGGCCGAACAGCUCUCCGCUAUCACACAAAAUAUAGACAUGGAGAGGGACUAGGACAUCCUACUGAAAAUAUUGCAAUGUGUCCAGCAUUUCAUGAUUUGAUUGAAUUGACAUGAUGUUGAGCCAUCUUCUUUUGAUCAUUAAUAAUAUUCCUAAUCGUAAAAUCAAUGAUGUGAAAAGCUUUGGACUUGGAUUCAAUAUAUAAUUUUGUUAAACAUACUUGCAGGUGGACAUAAUUCCAGUUUAUCAUCACGUAAAAUUGUGUUCAUUUCAUUAAAUCAAAUUCAUUCUGUCAAAGGUACAGAAUUUUGUCUCUAGUGAUUUCAAUACUUUUACAAAGUAAUCAAAGUGUGAAAAGCCGCAAAAAGUAAUACCCUAAUAUCCUCAUUGCAUUUGUUUUGUGUUGUAUUGUAUAAAUGUUUAUAUAUUUAGAUAAAGAUUUUGAGGAAUUGAUAGAAACCUGUUUAAUGACUUCAAUGAUUUAAUAAAUUGUUUCAAUGAAGGUGUCACUUCAAUCCACGAACGUCUUUGGUAUUUAUUUACUAUUGACUUGUACAUAUUAUUGUUACAUGUUUAUGGAUGAAAAACUACAUGUUUAAAUCCAAAUAAAAUACAUUCUGAUUCUGAUUCUUAAAUUCGAGACUACAAAAAGACCAAUACGAUCUAAUCAAUUAAUACCAGGCUGGCUUUCGAAAGGGUUGUUCUGCUGUUGAUAACAUGUUUGUGUUAAAUUGUAUAAUUGAAUUGUUGCAAAAGCAUAAAAAAAUAUUCUGUUCUUUUAUAGACCUCAAAGGUGCAUUUGAUACGA